GCCUGUUCAUUUUCUUUGCAACUCUCGAUCAAUUUCUGUUUGGCUUCCCGAAAAAGAAAAACACCAAAAAACCCAUAAUAUUCUCUGCAUCAAAAUCAAAAUCUUUCAACUUCCCAUGAACAUUGACAACAAGAACAAAAAAUAAGAAGCCCAUUUUGAUUUAUUCACAAAUUUGAUCAAAAUCUCUCUGCACAGAUCAAAAAAUGGAUGAUACUUGUGCUGUUUGUGCUGAUACCCUUGAAUGGGUUGCUUACGGACCAUGUCUCCAUAAAGAAGUCUGUUCUACUUGCAUCAUUCGUCUUCGUUUCAUUUGCAAUGAUUUCUAUUGCUGCAUUUGCAAAUCAGAAUCCAACACCAUCUUUGUCACUAAGGCAUUAGGGGAUUAUACAAGGAUGAUAAGUGACUUCAAGGGUUUAGGAGAAAUUAAUGGAAGUGAGGGUAAAGCAGGGGAGUAUUGGUAUCAUGAAGGGACAAAAGCUUAUUUUGAUGAUUUUGAUCAUUAUAAGAUGAUCAAAGCUAUGUGUAAGUUAUCAUGCAAUGUUUGCAACAAGAAGAAUGGAGGGUCAAGGGAGUUUAAUAGCGUUGAGCAAUUGAAGGCUCAUUUGUUUCACAGGCAUAGUCUGUUUAUGUGCAGUCUGUGUUUGGAAGGUAGGAAGAUAUUUAUAAGUGAGCAGAAGUUAUAUAAUAGAGAACAAUUGACUCAACAUGUGAGGACGGGUGACUCAGUGGUUGAUGGCAAUGAAAGCGAAAGAGGUGGAUUUACAGGACAUCCUAUGUGUGAGUUCUGUGAGAAUCCUUUUUAUGGAGAUAAUGAGCUUUACCUGCACAUGUCCACUGAUCAUUUUACUUGCCACAUAUGCCAAAGGCAGCAUCCUGGACAAUAUGAAUACUUUAACAAUUAUGAUUACUUGGAGAUCCAUUUUCGUCAAGAGCAUUACUUAUGCGAGGAUGAGGCUUGCCUUGCAAGAAAGUUUAUUGUUUUUGCAACUGAAUUCGAAUUGAAGAGGCAUAAUGCCAUGGAACAUGGAGGGCGCAUGUCUCGUUCUAAGCGCAGUGCUCUACUUCAGAUACCUGUGAGUUUCCAGUUUCGGCAAAUUAAUGAACAUGAUCGGCGUGGUGGUGGUCGUGGUAGUCAUUCAAAUUCGUCAGGCUAUCAAAUGAACAUGGCCAUUGAAGAUAGUCUUGAGCCUGCCAAUGCUGAAAGGUCUUGUGAUAUUUCUUCAAAUGCGCAAACAGUUUCUACUCAUAGAGAGGAACAUGAAAUUGAUAUGAUUGUUAACCCUUUUGAGUCAUUAGCCACCACAGAUUCUGAGCCGCCUUCAAGAUAUCAUCAUGUUUUAGGAUGGAACACUAGCAGAGCACCAAUGGAAGAAACAUCCUUUCCCCCACUUCCUUUGGCUCCAAGAAGCAGCCAACGGAGAUCCAGAAAUGGUUUGGGAGGGUUGAGUGGGAAUACAAUGGCUGCUCACCUCAGCCGCCAAAACAUGGUAAAAGUUCUUAAUUCUUCUCGGGCUUUGCCAGCAAACAAUCAUCCUAACUCAGUAGCUAGUAUUUCGUACCAGUCAAGACCUGUGUCGGAUUCUAGGGUUUUAUCUUCAUCCAGAUCUCCGAGUUCAUCUGUUCUAUCUACUUACACGAGCUCUCCUCAGGCUGGGUCAUCAAGGGCUAAUGGACUUCUUGUAUCUUCUAAUUUUGCAAGUUCAUCAAGGACUUCAAAUAGUAACAGCAAGGUCAGCCAAGCUAGCGCUGCUCCAAAUCCUGCAGACAGGACUUCUCACAAAUCUCUUUCAAGUUUUCCCUCUCUGUCUGCCACUCAAGUGGACAAUAUGUCUACAAGUGCCUCACCUAUGCUGAAGGUUGAGGAUGUUCAAUCUGCUAAUAAGGCUCUAGUGGAGAAAAUUCGUGCUGCAUUAGAAUUUGACAAGGACAAAUUCGCUGCAUUCAAGAUAAUAUCCAGAGAGUAUCACCGUGACAUAAUUGAUGUUGCAGAGUAUCUUGCCUAUGUGCAUCAAUUUGGCCUGUCACAUCUUGUCCUAGAGCUGGCUAGACUUUGUCCCAAAGCUGAGAAGCAAAGAGAGCUUGUUGAGAUUUAUAAUUUCAAUGUGGGGGGGAAUGGUUUGAGCAUUGACAAUGGUCCAUCCAAAAGCAAGAAAUGUUCGAAGAAAGGCAAAGAGAAGUGUGAUGAUAAUGUUAUCAGUGUCUCUGAGAACAUUUUUUCAGAUAGUCUUAGGGUGGAGAUCUUACCAAAGGAUGGGAAUUGUGGUGGAAAAGGCAAAUCAAAGAUUUUGGUUGACAAACAAGCUAACUUGGAUUUGUCAAGGGAGCCAAAGAGUGAACAUGCUGCUCAGGCAGCUGGUGUCAGCUUGAAGAAGAAUGUGGGGGCCGGGGGAGGAGGGAAUAAACCUCGGAAAAAAACCACGAAGUUCAUGAAGAACCGUCUCGGGGGUACUUCCACUGCCUCACUGCCAGAUGCUAGUAAUUCUGAUGCUGGUAUUGAUGAAAAAGAAGAGAAAGCAGAUGUGAACAAAGAUAUAGCUGUGGUGUUGCCAGUUCAUGGAGUUUGGAAAAAUGGGGGAGGUCGAAAGCUUGUGGUGAUGACCCAAAACAACCGCAACCGAUGAACUUACAUGGAGGCUUGGUGGAAGUGCCAGUUUGUGAGUAUAGAAAGAGCCAGCACCAGACUUAAUUAAUGCCUUUUUGUGUGGAUAUUAGGGCAUGUUGCUACUAGCAUACAUAUUGUCAGUACAUUAGAUGAUCAGAGGUUUAUCUCCCUCAAAAAUUAACUAGGAAUGUUUCAAGCUUUUGGAACUUUAACUGUUUUGUUUUAGGAAAAUGGCAAAAAAAACUUGGUUCCUUUUUCCUUUGCCAAAAUACAACUUUUUGAGUACAAUUUGGUUGAGUUGGAAAUAUCAUAUUAAUAUACUAUUCUGCGUGUGGAAGUUCAAAA